GUGUAUACUGAGCACACGGGGCAGAUAGAGGAGAGAGACGGGUAUGGAUCCGUAGCUCUUGCGGCUGUCUGUCUCGUUUCCCGGGACUCUCGUUCUGCAUACCGCGAAGAGCGAGUUUCGGGUCGUGCAUGCUACAUUUGAAUGAGAGGAGGAACGCACAGCGGCGGGAAACAAAGGCGCGCCCGGUCCGGUUCAAAGGAGCAAGCUGGCUGCGCGGCGGGGGAUGCACGGGCACAAUAGGGAAGACCACACUCUUCUGCUUUAGGAGGACAGUGUUGCAAUAACAUUUCCCCCCAGACAGACAAGCCUCGCUGCGGGAAACAGGAAUUUGAAGCCGGACUUUACUUUUCAGGCAAAUGUUCUGUGAACAUGAGGACUGGCUUUGCACUGGACGUCUAGGCUACUUGGAGCUCUUUUAGGAUUUUUAGAAAGCGCAGAUAGUCAAACGAGAGUCUGAAAAACGCACCGGCACAGCAAAGAAAAAAAAAAUAACUUGGAUCUUGCGCACCACAGCGAUUUUGAGCGGAUUUUGUGUUUUAUUGGUAUUAUUAAUAUUAUUAUUAUUAUUAUGUGCUUUGGAAAUCACCAGCUGUGGGUAAAGACACGAUAGAAACACAUUUGACGAAUUCAUCUCCUUGGAUUUGGUUACUGAAGAAUGUACUUACUUGAUGGUAAUUACCCGGAAAGGAUGGAGCGGGGUACGCCACAAAGAAAAACCGUGUACCGGAUAUCUUUGACACUAGUGAAAAAAGAAACACUGCAGGAUGGCGGAGGCUCAGCGCACCGGCGGCUGGAGAACCCGAAAGUCAGCGCGUACCGCCGGGAGGGAGCCGCUGACGCUCAGCGCAGCUCCCCGCUGGAAGAACUGAAAGAAGUGGAGGACGAGACGGACGAAUUUUCUGCACACUCAUACAUGAGGAACUUCAGGACAUUCAGCACUGGACAUCUAGAGUUGGGAAGGUUAAAAAUCUCAAGGAGAUCUUUACAUAAAGACAAGGAAUUAAAUGAAACGUGCAUCGUGUCAGAGAACGGACAGAGCAAGGUUAUUGAAAAUGGGGCAGUAGUGCACAAAAAGGCAGAAGAUGUAGCUGAAAGUGACAGAGUGAAAUGUGAUGCUGAACUUGGAGAAAUCUGCAGCACAGCUGCUGCUAGUGAAGAAAAAACAGGCUUUCGAAAGAAAAUCCUCAAGACUUCUCGAAGCACUGAGGAACCGGUCAGUACAUGGUCUGAUGAGACCUCUGAGGAACUCAAAGUUGGAAAGACAGCCAAAGAGAGCUGCAUCACUUCUUUGCUGGCGAAGGGGAAUGGGAAGUCACCCAAACCAGCACCUGAAACUCCUCCGGCGAAGAGGCACCCAAGUCUACUGCGGCGAAGUUUCAGCUUUCGCCACUGGACGGGUGGCGAGUUGAUCCGCAUACGGGCGCUUUCCAAGGAGAAGCAUCACAGCAGCUCGGGCUGCAUUGGCCGCGACGGAGAGAACAGUCAAAACCAAGCCGGCGUGGUUCUGCAAAACAUGGCUUUCACUGAAUCAGAGUCCACUGAGAAGCGAAACACCUUGGAUGUUGGUGAGGUCCUGAGCAAAACUGACUCUGUGACUGAACUAGGCCGCAGGGAGAGGAUGAAGGGGAAGAAUCGAACGCUGGACAACAGUGAUCUGCUCAAGCUGUCGGAUAAGUCUUUGAUGGAAAAGGAGGGUUUCAUUAGAGGGACAGGCUCCCGCUCCAGCGGGCAGGAACGUAAACUCAUUCGGUUCUUCAGCGGUAUCUUCUCAAAGCGAGAUGGGACGUCCACGCCGCUUAGCAGCCCCAGCAACCGGGCUCUCAGGAAGAACGGCCUACUUGGAAGUCAGCGGAGAUCAGAAAUGAGCUACUCGCAGUCAAGCACAGAAAGUGUUAACGGAUGCCAACCAGACGAUGCCUUUGUCAACAGCCAGGAGUGGACGCUCAGUCGCGCAGUACCGGAGCUCAAAGUGGGCAUUGUGGGUAACUUGGCCAGUGGGAAGUCCGCCCUGGUGCACAGGUAUCUGACAGGGACGUACGUGCAGGAAGAGAGCCCUGAAGCUGACGUGGAUGCAGGAGGGCGUUUUAAAAAGGAGAUUGUAGUGGAUGGACAAAGUUACCUCCUUCUAAUCAGGGAUGAAGGGGGACCUCCGGAGGCUCAGUUUGCAUUGUGGGUGGAUGCGGUGAUUUUUGUGUUCAGUCUGGAAGAUGAGAUCAGCUUUCAGACGGUCUACCACUACUAUAGUCGCAUGGCCAACUACCGCAACACUGCAGAGGUGCCCCUGGUGCUUGUGGGAACUCAGGAUGCAAUCAGUGCAGCUAACCCUCGUGUCAUCGAUGACACCCGUGCUCGCAAACUGUCCAACGACCUGAAAAGGUGCACAUAUUAUGAAACCUGUGCUACCUACGGCCUCAACGUAGAGCGCGUCUUCCAGGAUGUGGCUCAGAAAAUAGUUGCGACCCGGAAGAAACAGCAGCUUUCAAUCGGACCUUGUAAGUCACUGCCCAAUUCUCCAAGCCACUCCUCCGUCUGCGCAGCGCCUGUGUCUGCAGUGCAUAUCAGCCAGACCAGUAAUGGUGGAGGCAGUUUGAGCGAUUACUCCUCUUCUGUACCCUCCACUCCCAGUACCAGUCAGAAGGAACUGCGAAUCGAUGUACCCCAAACCGCCAACACCCCUACGCCCGUUCGGAAACAGUCCAAACGACGCUCCAACCUCUUUACGUCUCGGAAGGGAAGCGAACCAGACAGGGAGAAGAAAGGGAUGGAUGGCCGCGCAGACAGCAUUGGAAGUGGCCGCGCUAUCCCAAUUAAACAGGGCAUGUUGCUGAAAAGAAGCGGCAAGUCACUGAACAAAGAGUGGAAGAAGAAAUACGUCACGCUUUGUGACAACGGAGUCCUCACGUAUCAUCCUAGUCUGCAUGAUUAUAUGCAGAAUGUUCAUGGCAAGGAGAUCGACCUGCUUCGGACUACAGUGAAGGUUCCAGGGAAGAGGCCCCCCAGGGCCAUCUCCACAUGCGCGGCCCCCAGUCCCAAAACCAAUGGGCUGACCAAGGACAUGAGCAACAUGCAGCUAGGACAGACACCAGCCUCUGUGACCAGUAGUUCUUCAACAUCUCAAAUGGCGAGUGGCAUCAGUCUGGUGUCGUUUAACAGUCGGCCAGAUGGGAUGCAUCAGCGCUCAUACUCAGUGUCCAGCGCUGACCAAUGGAGUGAUGCCACAGUCAUCGCCAACUCAGGAAUCAGCACUGAUACCGGUCUGGGAGAUUCUGUGUGCUCCAGUCCAAGCAUAUCCAGUACCACCAGUCCAAAGAUGGACCCACCCCCAUCGCCCCACGCCAACCGCAAAAAACACAGGAGGAAGAAGAGUACCAGCAACUUCAAGGUGGAUGGCUUCUCUGGAACUGCAGAAGAACAAGAGGACAACUUUGAGUUCAUCAUUGUUUCUCUGACGGGACAGACCUGGAAUUUUGAGGCAACGUCCUAUGAGGAGCGGGAUGCAUGGGUUCAAGCCAUUGAGAGCCAGAUUCUGGCGAGUCUACAGUCCUGUGAGAGCAGCAAACAGAAGUCUCGUCUGAGCAGCCAAUCAGAAGCCAUCGCUCUGCAGUCUGUAAGGAACAUGAGAGGAAACACACGCUGUGUGGAUUGUGAAGCUCAGAACCCUGACUGGGCCAGUCUGAACCUGGGGGCUUUGAUCUGUAUAGAAUGCUCAGGCAUUCAUCGCAACCUGGGUACUCACCUGUCUCGUGUCCGCUCUUUGGACCUGGACGAGUGGCCUCUGGAGCUCAUCAAGGUCAUGUCGGCAAUCGGCAAUGAGUUGGCUAAUAGCGUGUGGGAAGCCAAUGCUCAAGGACGCCUAAAGCCUGCCCCUGAUGCCAGCAGAGAGGAACGUGAGCGCUGGAUCAGAGCCAAAUAUGAGCAGAAGUUGUUUUUGGCAUCACUGACGUGCACAGAGCUGACUUUAGGACAGCAGUUACUGCGGGCCACGGCGGAGGAAGACCUCCGCUUUGUGGUCAUACUGCUGGCCCACGGCUCUAGAGAUGAGGUCAACGAAACCUGCGGGGAAGGUGAUGGCCGGACAGCCCUGCACCUGGCCUGCCGCAAGGGGAAUGUUGUGAUCACACAACUGCUCAUAUGGUACGGCGUUGACAUCAUGGCACGGGAUGCUCACGGAAACACAGCACUGGCGUACGCACGGCAAGCUAACAGUCAGGAGUGUAUGGACGUCCUCCUUCAGUACGGCUGUCCUGACGAGCGUUACCCGCUCAUGGCCACACCAAACCUAUCACGCAGAAACAAUAACCGCAAUAACAGCUGCAGCAGCAUGAACAGUGCAGUUAUAUGAGAAAUACACUCAACAUGAACAUGCAUUCUGGUCAGCACUCCUCCUCCCUCCCUAUAUACACACCUUCAUAUGUACAGCUCCACCACUACAUCAGAAUCAUGAGACUAUACCAGACUCAAGGGAAAGACCCCGACACUGAUGAUGAUGAUGAUGAUGAUGAUGACAAUGAAGCAGCAUGAGCAGAGCUACUGUGUUUGCCUGACUUUAAAAUCCCACUGGCAAGGGCUUGGCCAAUAAUGUGUCAUCCUUUUUGUUUUGGGAGAGUGUCCCACAUCCAAUGUCUCGCUGCAUUGUGGAACAAAAAUAAAAACAAUCCCAGACUCUGAUUACCCGACUGCGCCAGUUUAAGCUACCAAGUGCAUGAUGGGAGAAUAGAAUGUGGAUUUUGGUAAAGGUGACACAUCAGCAUUCAGCUCCCUGCCUCUUUUCUGUGCUGUCUAAUAGAUGAUAAAGACAGAUGAGGCAGCAUGGGAAGCUUUGACGCUGAAUCUUCAAAAAUGAAGAACCCAGAAGACCCACAGAACUUCACUUGGUGAUCGCUGUGUGUCUGGACUUCCAUCUCACCACUUUGACACUGAUUUUUCUGUCUGAACUCACUCCUUCAAACUUUUCUUUGCAUCUAUUCUUACUCUUUUUCAGUCAGUUACAUCAGUUAUGUCCUUUAUGUCUUUUUUUAAAGAAAUGUGAAAGGAUGUAAUGACAUUUUUUGGAAAGCACCCAAAUAUGGAGUCAGUUUGAAGUUUGAAUCUGACAUGGUCUUUUAAACUGUUUUCGUUUUAACAUUGUCGAGUACCGUUUCUCUAAAUGCUCAUUACUGGACCAACGGAAGAUUCUUAAAAGCAGGUGUUUUAAGAUUUACGUUUCUCAGAAGUAAAAGGGAAUAUAUUUUUAUUUUUUAAUCCUUAAAAACGUCAGUCUAGCCUUCUGUGUUGCCCAUCCAUUGGCUCAUACUUCAGCUCACAGUGUAGUGUGAAAACACCAAUUCAGAUGAACCAUAUUUCAGAAGUGAAACAACUCAGAAUUCAGAAGUGCAGGGCUGAAUCUGAACGUUUUCAUCAUUAAAAUUGAAAUCUGCUUAUGGUGGGCGUCGCUUCCACACAGUGACGUGCCUCUCUCAGGUCAUCUCUGUCUGUUGCUGUUCACACAUUUUACACUGCAGAGUCCUGAACCUCAUGUAUCUCAACAAAGAGAAGGGCUCUCCGGGUGUUCGAUCCCAAUCUGUACAUACUCUUCCUUCUCUUUCUAGUAGCGUACCAUAUAGAAAUGAUUUCAAGAAAACACUCCCCCUGACAAAAGUAGUAAUUAUUAUAUCUUUUUACCUCACCCUCUUUUAGUUUCAAUGCAGGUUAAGGUGUCUGAAGUUGCAAUUGUGCCUGUUUGAGUCGAGUUCGCUAUUUCUGCUCCCUUUCUUCAUAGCUUAGUUUUCCUCCUUGCCUUUAUCUUCUUCCUUUCUCAUGUGUCAAGGAGUAUUAAAGCAAUACGAAGUCAAAAUUCAGCCAGGUUGACACACGAGUAAUAGUUUUUCACCGCGUUUUGGACGCCACCAUAGCAGUGUGUGCUGCCGUUGUUAUUGAGAGACGUAAAGCCGACGUAAGACUCUGUCUCAGGGCGUGUGUAUCAUUACAAGAGAUCCCAUGAAGGGUUUGAUAUUGACUUAUUUCAUUAUAUGAUUUGAUGGGCUUUGAUCGUUUAAUCUCAGCUCCCAUUGAUUUUACUCUUCACUAGGUAGUAGAAAUGUGAAGGUACUUGGCUUAGGGUUGGAGAUGUGAGAAGAUCUGUGUUGUAGAAUUUCUAUUCCACAAUGCAGACAGUUGGGAAAGUCUGUAAGCUAGUUGAUAGGCGUUCGGGACUGUGUAGAGAAUCUAGUUUUUCUGAGCUUUCGAAGGAAAACGGUGUCAGUGAGAGUCGAAAAGCUUUAGCGAAGGAUGCGAGGAUAGAACUAUGAGAGAAACAUUGAGGUAUGUUGAUUUUCAGCUCGUAAGGGUGCAGUUUCCGCCUUGUAUAUAACGUAGCAGGCCUUUAGAGGCUUUACCACAGUAACCAUUAUUUAUGACUAAAUGCACUACAGAACACAGAUCACUUGUUGUGAACCCACAAUAUAAUGUCCACUUUAAAUCCUUUCUGUGGAAAAACAGUCGUUUUUGUUUUUGACCUUUUGCAUGAAUGGAUGUAAAUGUUCUCUUCCUUGUGUAAAUGUCUUGUCUUCAUAAAAAUGACUGUACCCUGACAGGUGACGCUAAAGAGUCUGCCGUUUUAAUAUGAGAAAAAAUACUUUUAUCAACUUGUGAACCUUUUUUUUUUUUUU